CCUUUUGAAACUUGCUCAUCGCAUGAAUUCCAAUCGGUACGAGGAUUGGAACGAGAGUUUUGUGAGAAACGAGAUCGGCAAGAGUUCAUGACUCUGACACUUUACAACCACCCUCUUCCUCCACUCGCACAUUAGAGGUUUUCGUAGAAAUGUAGCUUGGGAUCUUGCACCAAAGAAGGUCGAAAGGGAAGCAAGCGGAUUGAUAUGAAUUUCAUGUUUUCCCUCCAACGAAUGGUUAGGUGUGUGUGACAAGGUACUGGUGCUCCAUCUUGAUAGAAAAUACUCGUUUCGGUGAAAGUGAGACAGGAAAUGCCGUCGCUGCAGGAUAUAUAGCAGCGCGUAGUUUUUCACCGACAAAUCUGUCCAUCAAUCUCAUGAUCAAACGAUUAUUUCAGGAUUCACACCAGAUUCGUUCGCGGAAUACAUUUUUGUUCUCUCAGAAGUAUUUUUUUUCUCGUUCAACUAUAAGACCGGAAACAACAUUUGAAGACUGGAUAUCUCUCGAAACGUGUCUUCUUCAAAUUGCCUUCUACGAGCCUUACACGCAAUCUAGCAAGUUACGCAAGAACAAAACCCACUUAAUGGAGGAAAGUAAAAUCAGAAUCAUCUAAUCUGAGUCAUGCUUGUGUCCUUAGUGGCGGCCUGUACACCAACACUCGGUGUGCGAACAAAACACGUUUAUCGCUAACGUGAUCUUUGUGAGCUAUUCUUGUUGAUACAAGAAGUAAUGUGCGAUCGUCAGUCGUCACCAGAAAGAAAAAUCCGUUCCUAGGCAGCACUGGAAUGAAGCUUGAAAGGCGUACGAAACCAAUCGAUCGGGCUCCCACCGCUGAAACAAGGGUGCGCUGGACACUCGAGGUUCCAAGACAGAACAUGCAGGAGACCCCGAGAGCCGUGAAGGUCAAACCUUCAAUGUGGUAAAGCACAUAGAGGCCAUUCCGCGCGCUACAACAAUUGAAGUGAUGAAGACCAAACGAUUAGUGAGAACCACAUCGUGCUCUGCUCCGCCCCUGCUUUUGUCCUGCGACAUCACUCGAUCGGAAGUGGAAAUUGAAGCCUGAAUACUAAAACCUUAGUUACGCUUGGCCUAGGCGGAAAACAGUUGCGUCUUCGACAGAUAGCAAGAAGUAUACGCCGCAGAAAAGGCUUAGGGUUGGCCUGAGCUGCGAACGAGCCAGGGUUUUCAUACAAGCUUCAAUCGAACCAUCUGCGAAAAUCUCCUACGGUCCCUGCCGUUCCCCCUGUGCUCUUCGUCUUGCUCUUGCUCGUCGGUCCAUCCGAGAAGUACUUCGUUCGAUAUUCUGUGACUAAUUUGUCGAGUUUGGAUUCAGAGGCCUUAGCUUUUGUGAGCAUCUUCAGUCUUUUCUUUUCUCUCAGACUGGCCUCAUCAAUCUCCUGAAUUUGCUGACUUGCAAACUUUUUCGCUGGGCCUC